AUGGCACGUAUUACUCAAACUAAUGUUUUGGCAACGGGUGCUCUAAACGAAGUACGCAUGAUUUUACUUGGCAAAACAGGAACAGGAAAGAGUGCAUUUGGAAAUACAAUCCUUGGACAAGAAAGGUUUCAUCAUGAGGAUGCUGCGGAUUCGAUUACAAUAGAGUGUGCAUCAGAUAUUCGAGAAUUCGAUGGAAAGCGACUCUUUGUUGUUGAUACGCCGGGAUUUCUAGAUACAAAUCAACCAGAGGAAGUAUUACAUGAAGAAAUCGCGAAGUCAUAUCAAAUGACAGCCAGACCAGGACCACAUGUAUUUUUGCUUGUCUUUGACAUUAAGCAACGAUAUACGCCUGAACAAUUUGCAUCGGUGGAGUUACUUGAUAAAAUUUUUGGACCCAAAGCUGUUGACAAUACAAUUAUUGUUUUUACUCAUGUUGAUGAGCUGAAACCGAAAGGAAAGACACUUGAGCAAUAUUUGGAAAAGUUAAAAGAUGGACUAUCGCAUCCUCUAAACAAACUUCUCGAUAAAUUUCAUCGACGCUAUUUGGGGGUAAAUAAUUAUGGAUCACAGUCAGAAAAAGAUGCCACAGCGAGAAUUCUGCUUGAUAUGGUGAACAAGAUGAUGGUAGAAAACAAGGGUCAAGUAUAUACGAAUGAACAAUUUACGGAUGUCGCAAAAGCAGUUGAAACUGAAAUGUCUAAAGGAACCUACCAACCAUACAAAUCUGAUGGGUCUUUUGCUUUACUUCCUCAAACAAAAGCAAUAGUUAUUGAUGGUUAUCUCCGCCGCAUGUCUAGCCGAAAGACAAAUUGA